AUGGCAACUCCGCCUCCAGUUCCGUUCGGCUUGACACCUCCGUUGACGGUUAAUAACGAGCUAAACCAUAACGGAGUCAUUACAGUCAUCGCUUCGUUUUCGCUGUUUCUGGUUCUGAGCUCUCUGGGAAUUCGUGUGUAUUCUGCAUACAGUAGAAAGUCCCGUCAGUUGGAUGAUUUGACUUUUGCAGUGACGGUGGUACUUGCCCUAGGACAGAUAUCGGCGGUUUUUGUUCAGAUCCAUUUUGGCUGGGGAAAGUCAAAGUGGCUGAUAGCCGACGUGAACGUCCAUUCAAUUGAGAAGGCUGGGUACAGCGCAGAUCUUCUCUACAUCGCAGUAAUAUUCUCAUCGAAAGCGUCAACGGCUCUUUUCUACCGCACCCUUACCCCACGUGGCUCACUAUGGAUGAACUACGCUCUUCUCCUGCUGACUUUGCUAUGUGCUCCUGUGGGUAUAGUUUUGCUGGCCGUCCGCUGUGGUCGACCUCCGUGGCAUGACGUUAGUAAACAAUGUUCCGCUGUGUUUCCUCAUUGGCAAGCCGUCACAGCAUUGGACAUUAUUUUUGAAAUUAUACUAUCACUCUAUCCCACCUGGGCAAUCCUGCGAUUACAGAUGACACCGAGCAACAAAGUGAUUGUGAUACUGGUGCUUAGCUGUAGAGUGUUCCUUGUUCCCGUAGGCGCAAUCCACCUCCAUUGCAUGAGUCAACAAGUCAAUUCGCCAGAUCCAACACUCGAAGGAACCUUCCCUACUAUCGUCGCCGAGCUCCACGUGGCACUCAGCGUUCUUGUACUGAUAACGCCAUUGAUAAAACCAUUUGUCGCAGCCUACGUAGACGAGCACGGAUUGGCUUAUACUGACGACCCGUCCAAGUCACGGACCAGUCAUAAAGCCACCGUAUACCCCGAUCGAUCGAGCACGACAUAUCCAGGCUCGCGGAUACAUGAUCCUCCAGCAAAAAAAUCCCUUAUGAAGAGGAUUGAAAUAUCGGUUGAUCGCGAGAAUGUGGAGCUCAUGGAGAGACGAUGA